AGUAUUUCGUCGGGGGCUAUAUAAACAGCCAGAGAAAAACUAGGGUUUUCCCGCUUGGCCGUUCAGUCUCUGCACCAGCGUCUCUCCAGAGGUGUCCUUGUUGCUCGAAGGUUUCAACAAUGACGAAGAGAACCAAGAAGGCUGGCAUUGUCGGCAAAUACGGUACCAGAUAUGGUGCUAGUUUGAGGAAGCAGAUUAAGAAGAUGGAAGUCAGUCAGCACAGCAAAUACUUCUGCGAGUUCUGUGGAAAGUAUGCCGUGAAGAGGAAGGCUGUUGGGAUAUGGGGUUGCAAGGACUGUGGAAAGGUGAAAGCCGGAGGUGCCUACACGUUGAACACUGCAAGUGCCGUGACCGUUCGGAGCACGAUCCGAAGGUUGAGGGAACAGACAGAGAGUUAAGUUUAAUUUAGAUUUUGUUUUUCUUCCCUCUUCAGUUUAAUUUAGUGGUCUGUGAUAGUGUAGAGUUUUUUGGAAGCAAUUUGAGUACCCAUUUGACUUCAUUUGAAGCUGAGAUUCCAGAGCUUUUAAACUAUAGCUGCUCUCUGCUCUCUUGGCCACAUUAUUUUUAAUCAUUCUGGAUUUUGAGACUGCAA